AAUUUUUUUUUAACCCCCGCCGGAAAAGCAAGUAUACCGAGGAGUCGUGUCGUGUGUCGUCCCCAUGGCGGAGGAUUUCGAGGCGGCGGUGGAGCAGGGGCUGCGCCUCUCCAAGAGGGUAUAUUACGGCAAGAACAGGGCGGUGGCGCCGCCGAAGACACCGUCGGAUAUGGAUAGAUGCGCCGGAGAUUCUUACCUCCCGACUUGUCCCAUGCUUUACGCCGUGAUCGCCGACCCGGCGAUCGUGGACAACCCGGAUAUGCCGAGCUACCAGCCGUACGUGCACGGGAGGUGCGAUCCUCCGGCGCUGAUUCCGCUACAGAUGAACGGAGUUUCGUUGGUGGUGGAUUGUUAUUUGGAAACGGCGUUUGUUACCGUCAGCGCCACGUGGCGGGUGCAUUGCGUUAUGGGCAGCCGGAGCUGUGAUUGCCGCCUCGUUGUCCCCAUGGGUGAACAGGGUUCAGUUCUAAAUGUUGAUGUUGAGGUACCCAUGAAAUCAUACAGUACUCAACUAACCACAACCGACAACGAAAUCGGUGACGAAAACGCGGCAAAAAUCGCCUUUUUAAAACCCCAUAUUUUCGAUCUUACUAUCCCAAAGAUUGAUGGAGGGACAAAUAUUUCAGUUAAAAUCAAAUGGUCUCAAAAAUUAGUGUAUCGUGCCGGCCAGUUCACCUUGAAUAUCCCGUUUAAUUUUCCGGGGUAUGUAAUCCCUGCUGGAACGAAGAUUCCGAAACAUGAAAAGAUAGAGCUGAAUGUUAACUCUGGUCCCGGAACGGAUAUUUUGCGUAAAACAAUGAGUCAUCCAUUGAAGGAGCAAUUCGUGCGAGCAGGGGAAUUGAGCUUUCUGUACAACUCCGACGUUCAUUCGUGGUCGAGCCGCGACUUUGUCUUCACAUACAGAUUAUCUUCGACUGAUCACAUAAACGGCACAGUGUUCUUGAAUCCUCCGUUAUUACAAGACGUUGAUCGAAGACACGUGUUCUGUUGCUACCUUUUUCCCGGAAAGAAGCAGAGUGAAAAGGUUUUCAGACGAGAAGUGGUAUAUGUCGUUGAUAUAAGUGGAAGUAUGAGGGGUGAACCGAUCGAGGACACCAAAAAAGCCCUUCUCUCCGAGCUAGCAAAUCUUGAUCCGCAAGACUUGUUCAAUGUGAUUGCGUUCAACGAAGAAACAUACUCGUUUUCUUCGUCUCUUAAGCAAGCAACUUCAGCAUCAAUCGAAAGCGCCACUCAGUGGGUCGCUUCGAAUUUUGUUGCUAACGGUGGUACAAAUAUCCUGCUCCCACUAAAUCAGGCAAUCGAGAUGUUGUCCGAUACUCACAAAAACUCCAUCCCGAUAAUUUUCCUUAUCACAGAUGGGGCCGUCGAAAAUGAGAGACAUAUUUGCGACACUAUGAAAACUCAGCUAACAAAUCGAAAUCGAAAAAGCUUAUCCCCACGAAUAUACACACUCGGCAUAGGUACAUUCUGCAAUCAUUAUUUUCUCCGAAAGCUUGCAACACUCAGUGGGGGAGUUCACGAAGCUGCUACAGACGUCCAAUCAAUUGAGCUUCGAAUGGGAAAGCUAUUUGCUAGAGCAUCUUCGAUCCUACUCGCAAACAUCGUUUUCGAGAAUCUCGACGAAGUCGAUGAUCUUGAGGUUUAUCCUCGUCGGAUUUCAGACCUUUCGUCUGAAAGUCCCUUAACUGUGUGGAGCAGAUACCGCGGGGAAUUUCCGACGACCCUUAAAGUUAAAGGUACCCUUCCAGAUAUGAGCAGUUUUUCGUUAAAUCUGAAAGCGCAAAAUGCAAAGGAAAUACCUCUUCACAAGAUGUUAGCUAAGCAAGAGAUUGACAUACUAACAACCGAGGCUUGGUAUUCAGACAAUAAACAGCUCAAGGAGAAGAUAGAAAAUAUGAGUGUUCAAAAUGGCACCAUUUCCGAAUACACACACAAGAUUCUGCUCGAGACCGAGCGAAUAAAAACAACUGCGGAUUCAGACACUGUCCGAAAGGUCUCGACCAAAAAAGUUGAUACUCGCAAGACGCAAGAUUCAAAACAUCCAAGAAUAAUAGCACGGGACAACAACGGCGUCGGUUUCGGCAAUUUAAGUGCGACAAAAGAAAACGUACCUCCGGGCCCCACUAACCCUAACCCCGGCGACGCUGCAGAAGUUUUUGUAAGAGGAGCUUCUAGCUGCUAUAGCAAACUCUGCAACGACUGCUGCGGCUGCAUGUGCUUUAUACAAACGUGCUCGAAGAUUAACGAUCAAGCUGCUAUUUUACUCACUCAGCUCUGCGCUUCAUUGGCUUGUUUAGGUUGUUAUGCGUGCUGCUGUAGUGGAGAUGGGUAACAACAAUAUAUAAUAGUUUGUCUGAAUUUUUUUCGGAUUUAUGUAUAUAAAUAUAUAUAUAGUUACACUUCAUGCUCUGUAGUGAUAUUUUGUUCGUGUU